CCCUGCCCCCUGUGGCGGUGGCGGUGCCGGAACGGCCCAACCCCCGCGGGCUGGGCGGGAUGAGCCGGGCCAUGGCGAGCGCGGCCGCGGGCUCCUGGAGCGAGUGGCCCGUGGACCAUUUCCUGCGCUCCGGGCGCAUCACGGCGCGGGACGGGGCCGCCGUGCGCUGGUUCCACGCCGCCAACAGCAGGGCCCGGGCGGCCGCGGCCGCGCGAAGCAAUGUGCACAUGGUAGAAGCUGAUGUUCUCCUCCGUGGUGGGGAGGGAGGGAAGGGAGACCCGAUCCUGGCUCACCCCCCUGACACAGACAGUGACAUCACACUGCAGGAGUGGCUGACACAGAUGGUCAACACCAAUAAAGGCAUCAAGCUGGAUUUUAAGAGCCUGGACGCCGUGAGACCGUCCCUGGAGCUGCUGAGGCAGGUGGAGCAGCAGCUGAGGAGACCCGUGUGGAUCAACGGGGACAUCCUGGCAGGGCCCGGUGGGAGCCGCCCGGCACUGAACGCCCAGAGCAUCCUUGGCACCAUUACCUCGACCUUCCCUGACAUCACCCUGUCCCUGGGCUGGACCACAGGCUGGCAUGGCCACCACCACGGGCAAGGGUAUGAGUGGGGGAUGGUGGAGGAGAUGUCCCAGCUGUGCCAGGCCCUGUCCCAGCCCGUGACAUUCCCUGUCAGGGCCGUGCUAGUGCCGCGCUCCCUCCCUGCUCUCCGCUGGCUGAUCCAGCAGUCAGACAGGUACAGCCUCACUGUUUGGACAGGAAAGGACGACAUAUAUUCUGUAGAGGAUUUGCUUUCCAUCCGAGAAAACUUUGAUAAAAGUAGGGUUUAUUAUGACAUUUUCGAGCCACAAAAUUCUGAAUUCAAAAAAGCCAUUGGAAUAGAAUAGUAAAUGCAAAGCAGGCAAUGUCUGACGUUACAAUGCUCUA